UCCGUCUCUCUCUCUCCCUCUCCCUCGCUCCCUCGCCUACUGUAUAAAUACAGAUCUGUGAUGGAGACCCCAUCAUACCGCAGUUCACUUUUACACAGUGGAGAUGAGUGCACGGAUAGCGAAAUCCAACCCGGCCAUGAAACUGAUAGUGCUUUUCACAGCAUCUUUCUCCUGGGCCUUUCAGCAGCAGGACAUACUGCCGAAGUACCAGUACCUCGACCCUGUGACCUCUGACCUCCUGCUGUGCGACCAGUGCCCUCCUGGCACCGCUGUGAAGCGACACUGCACCACCGACACACCCACAGAGUGCCAGGUCUGUCCUGAGAGGCAUUUUGCUGAAAACUGGCACUGGGGGGAUACCUGCCAAUACUGCACCUCGGUGUGCAAGGAGCGACAGCUUGUGAAGCAGCAGUGCAACAGCACCCACGACCAGCUUUGUGAGUGUGCUCCAGGUUUCCACCUUGUGGUGGAGUUCUGCAUUACACACAGCUCUUGUCCACCCGGAUACGGAGUGACAGCUUUAGGUACACCGGUGAGUGACACCACGUGUGAACGUUGUCCCGCGGGUCAUUUCUCAAUCAGGGACUCCUCUACCGAGUCAUGUCAGCCCCACAAAAACUGCUCCGGUUUGGGCUUAAAAACACUGAGAUGGGGCACGUCUACUUCGAACAGCCUCUGUACAAACAAAACGGCUUCUCCGGAGUGCUCUCAGCAACAUUCUUUGUGCCAAACUGAUGUGAACCUUUGUGAGGAGGCAGUGUUCCAGUCCCUCUCUUCCCUACGACUGUCCUCGGUGCCGGUGGAGCGGCUGUUGGAGAGUCUCCCCGGGCGGAGGGUGGACCGUAAGAGCCUGGAGAAGGUGAAGAAGGCCUGCUCCCCCCAGCAGCAGGUCCUCCAGCUGCUGCGCCUGUGGAGGGAGCAGAACAAAGACCAUGACAAGAUGUAUGGCAUCAUUCAAGGUGUCAACCUCUGUGAGAAGAAAGUCUCCCGCUGCAACAGCCUAAAAAACCUAACCCUAGUGGACCUCCUGAAGGUCACCGACAGCCUGCCAGGGGUCAAAGUUAAGCUGGAGGAUGUCCGGGCCGUAGUUUCCACUUGUCUGCCCCAGCAGUACAUCCUGCAGCUGCUUCACCUCUGGAAGAUGGCAAACUAUGACCUGGAUCUUGCCAAAGGUCUGUCUCACAGUCUGAGGGUGCUGCGCAACAACGGGGCCCCACGCCAUCUGCUGAAAGGCCUGAAGAAGUUUAGCCGCAUCAUAGGAACCACCUCCACGCACAAGAUGUAUGAGAAGAUGUUUGUUAGUAUGCUUCACGAUGAGUCCUGUUUUAAGGCUCAUAAACCAUUAAAUGAAUAAUCAUCUGGGAGGUACACACAGGAAUAUGUGCCAUCUAUAGCAUACACAAACACUCAAGCAUUGUCAGAUACAGAACACACAGAAAAGGACAAACACUUAGUGAGCAGAGGGGUACGUGUAUGUGAAAGAGUAACAGACAUGGGUAACAUGGUACAAUCAGGGCUUUAAGAUAUUAUCAAACUAUGCACAUAGUGCCAAACUGUAACACAAGGGCAAGACGGGAGGUACAUUCUUCUUUGCCUGCAUGAUUUCCUAGACAAACCCUCUGCCAGAAUAAGGUUGAUUUCAUUAUAUGAGGUAUCAAUGGAUUCCUUUAGUUUCACCCUCAGUCCAGAGUAUCUGUCCACAGUUAUGAAUUUAAUAAUCCUAAAAGAAAAAAUAAACACAUUUGUGUACUUCAGGCAGGCCGAAAUAAAUAAAUAAAUGUCCUGGAAACUUUUGACCGGAGUCUGUGAAAAAUGAAAAACUAUUUAUGUUGUAAAUAGCACAAUAUUUUAUGGAAGACAGGCUGGCAGGUGUUGUGUUUUUAUUAUUGUUGCUUUCUCGCAGAUUGAGAGGAAGGAUUUGGUUUCAUAAUGAAAUACGUGCAUUUUUUACAGUCCUUUGUUUGUUGGCUUGUUCUGGACUGCUGGCAAGUAGAGCUCAUCUGAUUUUUUUUUAACUGUCAGCUAUAUGAAUGUACAAAGGAGUGCAAUUGUUUUAUAUUUAAAAUAAUAAUAAUGAUUUUACUUUCUGAAUAUGUAAAGGCUUGUUUUAUUACUUAUCAGAAAUACUGGAUUCCGAAUGCUGCAAGUUCUUGAAGUGAUAUUUUUUUUAUAUAUUGUUUUUAUCACUUUUAUAUUAUUAUGACCUUUAUUGUAUAUAUGCCUGACCAUUUUAAGCUUGUGUAACUUGU